CAGCAAUUUAAUUUGAUAAAUAGUUUUUUUCUACUUUUAUAAACUUUUGGUUAAUUUUCUAUCCAAAUCCAAAAUGCAGCCACACAGUAAUUUUUUGAAGAGCAUUAUGCCGGUACAGAUAUAUAAGUCGACCAGUGCCAUCUACAUGACCUGCUUGUCGAAGCUGUCGAUAUCCGCCUUUGUGCCAGAAUGCAAUCAGAAGCUGGCCGUCGAGCAGGCCAUAGUCCAAGCGCUGGACGAGACCAUCAUGCCCCACAACUAUGCCGAACGGCAGGAGGAGGCCGAGGAGCUGCUGCACCGAUCCCAAACCAAUUUUCGUGAGGUAUUUGCCCCUCCUGCAGCGCUGCAAGCCAAAAAAGUUGCGUGGGGCAAUAAUACCACCAUGUGGAUCGAUUCCGAUGAUGAGGUGCACCGACCUUUGCAUCCGAUCAAGGCGGCCCGCUAUGAUCGCAUCUAUAGGGCUCACUGUCGUGGCAUGAGACCGCAGCAAAUGGUCAAAAGGCGAGUGGAUGGCCCCGCAACGGAUUUUUCAAUGCAGGACCUGAUCAAAGCCAUGUUCCUGAUGGGUACGUUGACCAUCACAAUUUAUUUGAUUGCUGAUCUUCCCUUCUGAAGACUGUUUCCGCUGGAAGGGGUGGAAUGAUGGUUUCACUGGAAUGUCAAAUUGUGAAAACUGUUUUUUGAUCAAUCAAUCAAUUUGUAAUCUCUUGACUCUAAGCGAAUGCGCUUAGCAAAACAAAUGCGGCAAAAGCAAAUAAAUAAGUCCAAAGA